AUGACUGGAGCACUUCCUGCAUGUUUUUCAGUGGAAUUUGAGUGUUACAAAAUGGGAAUAACUGGGUCAAUAGUCGAUGUAUUAGAUCAGUGGAAACGAUUCGACCACACUACCGUAGUGAAGCUACACGUUCUGCAUUGUCCUGACCUUGAAAUCCCUGCAAUGUUUCAAGAAUUUAUUCGACUGCGUGAAAUCUGGAUCUACAACUCGACAAUUCGUGACUGGGGGCCUGACGCUGCAGUCACAAAUUCGUGUCAUCCCAACUUGACAGUGUUAUCAAUGAUUCGAAUCAAUAUGACGGAUGGACUCCUUCCUCUCGGGUUGCAGUCGAAUGACUUCCCGAUUAACCUCACACAAAUAACCUUUUGCGAGACGAAUUUGAGGACACUACCGGACAAUAUCGAUGAGAAGUGGGAUGUUAAUGCGAGCAUCUACAUCGAAAAUAGUCAGCUUACGAGUAUUCCGUUGUCGCUCAUACGACUGCAACCAAAUUCUCUAUCACUUGCAGGAAACCCUAUCAAAGUGCUACCCCGUCAACUGUUCGAGACUUCAGCUAUCCAGCAUGUUACUCUUAGCUAUACCAAUGUGAACGAGCUACCACGUGAGGUGACGUUUUCAACAAUGAUUAUCGAUGUAUCUGGGACUAAGAUUUCGUUCUUCUGGUCGUGGAUUGAUCUAUUUGUGGAGAGACAAGUAGAAGGCACACCAAAUAUUAUCGCGAGUGGAACUCCCUACUGUGCGGAUUUGGAAAAGAUUGUCAACGGAUUGGCCAGCGACUUUAGUGAAGCUUUUCAUCCAGGUUACUCUAAAUUUCUGGUGAAUGCAGCCGAGACCAAUUGGCAUUUUCUUCGACAAGCAAUCGACUGCGCAACCUUAACGCCUACCAAGUUUCCAAUUAAGUCGUGGGAUACGAAGUACGGAAUGACACCGUAG